AUGCUUGGCUUCUACGAACUUCAAUUGACAUGUCUGGCCGUAUUCUGCGCAGUCGCUCUCUUCAUUGACCACCGCACGUCACGACGACAAGGCCCUAAAGAUACCCCGGAAUCCAGGCUUGAGAAUGGCAAACUCGGUUCCGCUGCAGGGUUCGCUGCGCUUGCCAGACAGUACCUGGCGGUCUACGCUAUUGUAAUGGGCGAGUACUGUGCCGACUGGCUGCAGGGGCCGUAUGUUUACUCGCUCUACAGAGAGCAGUAUAAAUUCCCUGAGCGACUCGUCGCAGUCCUUUUCGUGACCGGCUUUGUUUCUGCAGGGCUCACAGCGCCUCUCAUAGGUGUCUGGGCUGAUCAACAUGGACGGAAACGGAUAUGCAUGGCGUUUUGUAUCACGUACACUUUGGCCUGCUUGUGUAUUCUCGUCCCAUGGCUCCCUGUCCUCCUCAUCGGCCGCGUUCUGGGUGGAAUAUCCACGUCAAUCCUCUUCUCCGCGUUUGAGUCGUGGUUAAUCUCGGCUUCUACCUCCCAAGGUCUCCCCCAGCAGGACCUUUCCACUAUCCUCGGACGUGCGACACUCCUGAACGGACUGGUCGCCACUGGUGCUGGUGUGGUAAGCAAUCAACUCGUCGCUACAACCUCGUCAUUCGCAUCGCCCUUCAUUGCGAGUGGCGGCCUCCUUAUCCUCGGUUGGACCGUCAUUCGCUCCCUCUGGACAGAGAACUACGGAAGCGGAGGCGGCACGAACGAUACCACGGACAUAUUUCAGAUGAAGAGACUUGGUCAAGCGCUGCACAUCGUUCGAUCUGAUCCAUUCCUCCUUGCCCUCGGCCUGACACAGACGUGCUUCGAGGGGUCGAUGUAUCUGUUCGUCUUCCUGUGGGUGCCUUCGCUUCAAGAAGCCUCAGCCACAUUCCCCGCUGUUGCACUUCCAUUGGGCUACAUAUUCUCCGCUUUCAUGAUCUCCAUGAUGCUCGGGUCACUGCUUUACACGGUCAUAUCGUCGCGCUCGCAACCACAAUCCGGGUCAGACUCGUCGUUGGUGCUUCACGCGAAGUUGAGCAGUCUCGUGUGCGCUGUAAGCGCGCUGGCACUUGCAACGAGCGUCCGGUCGAAGGACGAACAUGUGCGAUUCUGGGCGUUUUGCGCGUUCGAGGCGUGCGUCGGGAUGUACUAUCCCGUGCAAGGCAUGCUGCGUGGAUCCCUUAUUUCCAACGAGCACCGAGCCACUCUAUCAUCGCUGUUCCGGGUGCCUUUGAAUGUAUUUGUGGUAAUCUCGCUGCUGACGGGCGUGUCGUCGGCGCGAUAUGCUGUUCUUUCAGCUAGCGCCAUCAUGCUGGCAGUCUCGGCGGUGACAACGGCGCUUGUGAUCGUCAAUCGCGCCGACGGGAUCACUGCCGAUGAGAACCCUCGUACUGCCUGA